CUCUGUCCUGAGAGCCGCGCGCUGGCAGCUCGCAGCUCGCGCGGGGUCAUAUCUCGGUUGGUUUCUGUGCGGAACGUGCGCAGCCCUCGCGCGCUGUUACCUGCGACGGUGUUGGUUUAUUCCCGUCUUUCCCGCCGUGUGUUAGACCUCCAGCCUUCACGCACACACGGGAGUUAUUAUUGUUUUGUGGUUUUAUUGCGGGAUUUUAACGCGGAGAACACUUGCUAUUUAAAAGGGGGCGAGGUGGACUUCUGGGAAAAGCCAAGUGGGACACAGACAACCAUCCAGACAGAGAUGCUGAUUCGUUGGUGGUGGUUGCAGGGCGGUCUCUAGGUCCCAGCUGUCUGUCAAGGCUAACAUGGAAAGAGAGGGAUCAUUUAGGAGGAUUUCAAGGAGUCUCCACAACAAGCUGAGGUUGGGCAGCAGCUCGUCCUCCAGUCUGACAGAUCUCUCACAGGCGAAAACCCCAGGAGGUGGCGGAGGAGGAGGAGGUGGAGGAGGAGGGGAUAAGGGAGGAAUGACUGGAGGAUUGGCAGAGGAGGGCAUCAGGGACAAAGGCACGCAGCAGAGAAGAGCCGGAGCCAACGCCACCUGGAACAGCAUCCACAAUGCAGUGAUAUCAGUUUUCCAGCGGAAGGAUCUGGGGGAAAAUGAACUCUACACACUUAAUGAAGGUGUCAGGCAGCUGCUGAAGACGGAGCUGGGCUCCUUCUUCACUGAGUACCUUCAGAACCAGCUGCUCACUAAAGGCAUGGUCAUACUGAGAGACAAGAUUCGCUUCUAUGAAGGUCAGAAGUUACUGGACUCCCUGGCCGACACAUGGGACUUCUUCUUCUGUGAUGUUCUGUCCAUGCUGCAGGCCAUCUUCUAUCCUGUACAGGGAAAAGAGCCCUCAGUGCGUCAGUUGGCUCUUCUUCACUUCAGGAACAUUAUCACCCUCAACCUGAAACUGGAUGAAGCUUUGUCUCGACCCCGAGCCAGAGUUCCUCCUUCUAUCAUACAGAUGCUGCUAAUACUGCAGGGAGUCCAUGAAUCUAAAGGUGUAACAGACGAUUACCUUCGUUUGGAGUCUCUCAUCCAGAAGGUGGUCUCUCCCUACCUCGGGACUCAUGGAUUAUAUUCCAGAGAUGGAUCAUCCAAUUUGCACUGCUCCUCCUGCUUAUUAGAAAAGCGUUUGCAGUGGUCCUGGCCGUCCAAACCAGGCAACUCCCCCGUCGCCAAGAACCCAGUGGUACGCUCUAAGAGCUACAACGUUCCCAUGCUGACUCCCGUGGUGGAGUACGAUGUCGACUCCUCCUCAGGAGGUGGCACAGGUAUCAGGCGACACUCCGUCUCUGAAAUGACGUCCUGCUUGGAGGAGAACAGCUCUGUGGCUGAAGCCACGACUACUGCCACCAACAACACAAGCACAUCCAGCUUUGGCGACCACUCUCCACCUUCCAAAGCCUCUGCUGCACUUUCAGACACUGUGACCUCCAUCCAGAACCUCCGGCCCAGAGACGCAGACAGUCCCGCAGGUCUCCAGGCACAUCAUCACUCCCCCUGCAUCCUCCCAGAGCCUUCCCCAGGCGAGGACACACACUGCACAGGCUCACUCGUGUCCGACUCCCCUGCGUCCUCCCGAGUACUGGCUCAAGACACAAGCUCCGGUCCAAGCCCUUCGUCCAGUCCUGAGAUCAUGAUGGACCACGUCCCGGAGUCUUUAGACUCCGAGCCGGAGCACGACGGUAUCUUUCUGGACUUCUCUAGACGUUGUUCUGGGGGGUCAACGCACAGCAGAGACAGCAACAGGCAGAGUGUGGCGUGACACACACACACACACAUCUAAGGAGAUACACACUGAUGCAAGGACAUGUGCAAACAAUGCAGAGCCGGGACAGUUCCUCACACCCUGUGAUGCCUCCUGCUGUUUUAUGCAGACUGUAGAUCAUCAGGGAUUCUUUCAAACUGAAUUAUUUUUUAUAAGAGAAAAAAAAGUCUAACCUCACACUGAUCUGUAACAAUUUGGCACUUUUAAACCUCUCCGGUUCCAGUUGGAAACCAACGUAGGCCUCUCUGCGGAGCUAUAAUCGCACAAAUCACGUAACCAUCAAAAUUUAGACUACAGACGAGUGGUUUCGCUCUCUCAGAGAUGAUUUCUUUUCUCUGUUUUUCUUGUGAAUAAAUACUCGGGGAAAAAUGUUUUGCCAGUGAUGAUAACACAUCCCAGGGGCAGGUGCCCAUGCUGAAAAAUGUUUUACCAUCGUCAUAUAUCUUUUUAAGAUGAGGGCUAUCGAAAAGCUUUAGCUGUGAAAUUCAAACUAUUAACAUUUCAUAUGUAAAAGAAACUCUCCAGUUUUAUUUUAUUAAUUGAUGAUUAAACUAUUAAUUUGGA